AUGGAUGAGAGGGCUACUGGUCUGUCCAUCCCUCUAAUUUCCAUCCCAAGGCUGAAGGGCAGAGUGCAACUAUGGCACUGGUGCGAGGAGGAUGAGGAGUAUUUUCUCGAGCUUAACAACAAACUCGCCUCGCAAGCUGCACAACGUAGGCUUCCGGACUGGGAGGUACGUCGAGUGGAGAGCCCAGAUACUCCCUAUCGCGCUGGUCAAACAUUUGUCGCCAUUGAGACCGAGUUCAUCCACACAAGCAUCACCCUCAACGAUCCACGCGCCCUACACGAAUGGAACAAGCUCUGGAAAGUGAUCCUAGACCUGACACCACAGUUCUUCAGGGACAUCGGUGGGGAACCUAUAGUCGUUAGCAUGAUGUCUUCAAACCUCUUACUGCAAGGACAACCUCUCUAUGUGGUAGUUGAUACUAAGGGCCCCCUCAAGCUGCGAGAGACCAUCGUCCCGACUCGUCGGCGACGACCACGAUCACAAUCUGGCUGGCUCGCCCGUGGGAGAAACAUGCUUUCCCUAUGCCUCUUUACAAGCUCCUUGAGUGGCUGGAUACCGUGGUCAUAUUCUAUACCAGCCACAUUGACAAUCUAUGCCACCUCCUCCGUAAUAGAAUAUAUCAACGACCGAUUGUCGCCGCCUCUUCUGCGUUCAGAUGAACCCGGGAAGAACGUGGCCCAGACACUGGGGCACUAUCGCAGCAAAUACGCAACCUGGAAGGACUACAUGUCACAAGCUCAAGAAGCCCGAAACCCGGACAUUGGAAUCAAACGGCUAGAAGCCUGCCGCAACCUGCUAAUCGCGUUCAGCGCAUUCGAAACCGCCACUCUAGCCCACUUGACUGCUGACAUCGAGCCAUACUGUGAACGUAUAGCUGAAUCCAGCUUCUGUUUAAAAGCAGGAGCUACUGCCUGUGUAGUCGGGUUUGCUGUCUGCGGUGCAGCCGCCUGUGCCGCAUGGACGAUAACCGCAUGGUGCGCAGGAGGUGUCGGUGUUGUAAGUGCUGUAUGCGCCUGCUAUGGGUACUUCAACCCAAACAUUCCCCACAGGGAGCUCAUCCAAGAGUUGCGAGACCUCUUCAAAUCGCUCAAUAAAAGCCUCCACACACUUUACAUCCGAACCUGGGUGUCGUUUUAUCAGAACGUCCUAGGAAUCCCCUUCGAGCAACUAAACGAAAGCGAAGCAUACGAGGUUCUGAAGGGAUGUGGCGUGGACCUAUCCUUCAUCCAAGAAGUAGGGUACCAGAAAUCCCUCAGUGAGAGAGCUAUGAAGCAGCUUCAACAUGAUAGUAACGCACUUAUGGAGAAGUUUCGUGAGUUGUUUACGAAGGUGGGACAGGAGAUGAUCUUUCAGGACGUCUCUGCGUGA